CAGAAACUGAAUCCGUUAUCUUCGAGUCAAUAUUUAGUGCCCAACUCUGUUACGCUUGUCCCCCUUACCAUUCUUCCCCUUCCUCUCUAUCUGCCUCGUGUGCAUUUUCUGCUCGAUUUUCGCUUGUUUCUCGCUGGAAACUCGACAUGAUGCACUACGAAUAUCACGGAAAACUGGGGCAGGGGACCUAUGCUACCGUCUUUAAGGGUCGCAAUCCUGUCACGAACACCUACGUUGCGCUAAAAGAGAUCAUUAUCGACAAAGAGGAGGGAACUCCAUCGACCGCGAUUCGCGAGAUUUCUCUCAUGAAAGAGCUUCGCCACCCUAACAUUGUCUCUCUGCUUGACGUGAUGCACACGGAAAAGAAGCUCACGCUCGUCUUCGAAUUUUGCGACAUGGACCUCAAGAGGUUCAUUGAUUCUCAUCGAACGCGUCUUCCUACCCACCCAUCGGGGAAAGUGGAAAGAACAAUGGUGAAUCCUGAUACGGUCAUGAGCUUUAUGUAUCAGCUCGUCAGGGGCGUUGGAUUCUGCCACGAGAAUAGGGUGCUUCAUCGAGAUUUGAAGCCUCAGAAUAUUCUGGUUAGCGGGUCGACAUUGAAGCUUGCAGACUUUGGACUUGCAAGGGCAUAUGGGGUCCCCGUAAACUCAUAUUCCAGCGAGGUCGUGACGCUCUGGUACCGACCGCUUGAUGUCCUGAUGGGUUCACUUAGCUACGGUCCCCCCAUUGAUGUUUGGUCCCUUGGCUGCAUCUUUGCGGAGAUCAUUUCGGGCGUCGCUUUAUUCCGCGGUCGCGAUAAUAACAAUCAAAUGGAAGUCAUCAUGAAGAUCAUGGGCACUCCAGAUGGAAAAACCCUUGCGAGCAUUCUAACGCAAUGCCCUGAAAUCAAACCGAAGCCGUUAACACACUACAAUAAAAUUCCGCUGCGCAGAGUGCUGCCGAUGGCAACUCCUCAAGCUAUCGAUCUUCUUGAGCGCAUGCUCCAAUACGACCCUUCCAAGCGAGUCACUUGCGAAGAAGCACUCAGGCACCCAUACUUUACGCCUCUUACGUCCAAUGCAUCACCAGAUGUCCAUAACCCGGCUCCCGAAACACCUGGUCCUCGCAAGCGGCGUAGCUUCGGGUUUCACCGACGCUGACUUCGCGAUUGAUCCACUGCCACCUGACACCAAUUCGUCAACCCAUGCGCAAGAUCCUCUUAAUAAACGCUGCAAGACAUACCCGACUGUAUUCCAUUCUCUACGAUAAAAAACCACUUUCAUUCGCUCAAAUUUCGAAAGGCGCAUUCUAUUCUCAAGCUCAUUCGACUUCCUGAUGCAUUCUCACUCUGAUCAGAUCCUCAUUAUCGAUUCUCACUUUACCCUCCUAUCUGCAUAUAUCCCUCGGUUCUCAUCCGAAAAAUACAAGUAUAAUUAAGAAUCGAACGGAAGGUCCAGAGACCUUCAUAGAUUCCAACGAACCCUUCUACUUUCACGCAGUAAUCCCUCGAAUUCACUUGACCAUCUGUGUUUUCUUGUCAAUGUUUGUGCUGUAUCCAUGCUUUGUUGUUAUCACAAUUCGUUACGAGCUUUUUCGUCUCCAG